GUAUGUCGAGGUUUUUUCACGGACAGUCGUGUUGUAGUUGAGACUGUCUUGCAACUAUAAGUGCGAGCAGUCGAUCGGGAUCUACAUAUCCAUGAUUUUUUGCACCUCGACAUUAUUUUUAUCGUGUCCUUCACAUUUAUAUUUAAUAGAUUUAUUUUUAUGUAAUUUCAAGUGCAGGAUCACGUUGUGCUUCGAAUGCUUGUGAUUACACCAUGCAAUUAAAUGUGACAAUGUCUUCAUGGAUAUUAGGAUUGUUUGUAAUUAUUAUCAAUUUUAUAUCGACAAAAUCAUUUGAGUAUCCAGUAUAUAAUUCACGAUAUGGAUACCGAGCUCAACAAUCUCCAGCAAUGCCAGCUAUUAGGCGUUGGACCGAAACCUGGAGUGAUGGACCACGCCGUAGUUCUUUGUAUCGCCGAGAUACCCAAGGAAUACCUCCACGCGUGCAGUAUACAAAAUUAGUUAGAGAACAAGAACCAAAGUCAGAUCCUCUUGUAACAAUCAGCGAAACUUUGGGAGCUCUUAAUACUGUUGGAAAUUUUAUUGUUAACAUGACUCGUGGUGUUGAUAAUUCAGACAAUCCAUCGAAAGAAUUACCAUCUGCUAUUUACACUAUUUCUAAAAACAUUUUAGGUCGAAAUGUAACAGACAGUAUAGUACCGUUGGUACGUGGAGUUACUCUACCUCUUCGUCCUUCCAGUUCUUCUUCUCCUUCUUCAUCAGCAUCAUCAUCGUCUUUGACAUUGUCGUCGUUGUCAUCAACAGAAAAACCUGGAGAUGACAAUAAGAAUAGUGAAAAUGUUGUAAUUAGGGACAAAGAAUCAGCGUCAUCAUCAUCGUGUACAACUGCUGAGGGUGGUCCAGGUAAAUGUCAGGAUCUCAGUAAUUGCCCUCAUCUUCUUUUGAAUCUCACAAAACUACGCCAGUCAUUAUGCUUCAAAAGUCUCUUUGUGCCUGGUGUUUGUUGUCCGUUCGACAGAACUGAUUUGACGCCAACUAUUUUAAGUCCUGUGACAAGUUCACCAACUAGUGAAAGUGGACGACCACCGAGACCUCCUUAUCGUCCAUCAAAGCCAGUGACACCAAGGCCUAUUCCACUAUUUCCAAUAUCACAACCAUCUCCAUCAUCUUCAACUUCUAGUCCUAGUACAAUUUUAAAACCAUUACCCGAUUUAUCAAACAACAGUUCUUCAAACAACGUUGAAGCAGUAGACACAAUUGAAAAUAAUUUCAUUCAAGAUGACGAAGAAUGUGGAGUAAGGAAUUCGGGAAAGUAUCGUGUUGUUGGUGGCGAAGAGGCUUUACCAGGUCGUUGGCCCUGGAUGGCCGCAAUAUUUCUUCAUGGUUCUCGACGAACUGAAUUCUGGUGCGGUGGUUCUCUCAUCGGACCAAAACAUAUUCUUACGGCAGCUCAUUGCACCCGAGAUCAACGACAACGACCUUUUGCAGCUCGGCAAUUUACGGUACGUCUUGGUGACAUUGACCUUGAACGAGACGACGAGCCGUCCUCGCCUGAGACUUACACAGUCAAGGCCGUACAUGCACACAACAAAUUCUCACGAGUUGGAUUCUACAAUGAUAUUGCUAUUCUUGAGCUCACCAGGCCUGUGAGAAAAUCUCCUUACGUCAUACCAAUUUGUCUGCCUCAGGGUCGGUACCAGAGUGAAACAUUUCAGGGCGCAAGACCAACAGUCGUUGGCUGGGGCACCACAUAUUAUGGUGGAAAGGAGAGCACAGUUCAACGUCAGGCUGUUUUGCCAGUUUGGAGGAACGAGGACUGUAAUGAUGUUUACUUUCAACCAAUAACUGGAACCUUCCUUUGUGCUGGAUAUAGUCAAGGAGGGAAAGAUGCAUGUCAAGGUGAUUCUGGGGGACCAUUGAUGCUACGAGCUGAGGGUAAAUGGAUGCAAAUUGGCAUUGUUUCAUUUGGUAAUAAAUGUGGCGAACCUGGUUAUCCUGGUGUUUAUACACGAGUCACUGAGUAUAUCGAUUGGAUUAAAGAUAACGUUUAACUUAAUUUUUAUUUAUUACCCAUCUAAUUGAAACAUUCCACCAAUUGUCGUUGGUGUAAUUCAGGGAUCCCCAACGGUUUUAAUACGAUAAUACACAUACCAUACCUAGUAUUUUAUUAAUUAUUAACCGUGAUUUGUACAUAUAUAUAUUUUAUUUUCAAUACUGUGCUUUUAUCUUUUUAAUGUGCUUAAUCAUCAAUAUGAUGGACAUCAUGUU